UCAGUAGAUUUCUCGAGUUUAUUUGGACUGGUAACUAAUCUGAUUUGUAUUCUUUGAUGAUUAUCAGUUGCUCUCUUCUUGCCAUGGAAUUAGGCGUUUGAUAAUUAGUGGGUUUUGGAGCAUGGUUUGUUUAUACAUGCGUCUCUUCUUUGGUGAUAUUAUCUGAAAUAACAGUAUCAUCAGGAAAGUUUGUUUUUCUUUUUUUUCAGUCAUGUGGUGAAAUUUUUCUAUGUUUUUUAUGGGAUAAGAUUGUAGAAAUUCGAUAUGGACAGAAUAGAUUUGUACUGGAGAUUGGAAGAAGGGAAUGCAAGAACGUAGGCUGAUAUUGCUAGAACUUUAAAUGAGAACAAGGCUAGUAGUGUGCUGCCAUGUUUUUUGUCGCAGUUGUAAAACAACCCUUUACCUCUCCGCCCCUUCCUCUCGGUCCGGUUUAACUGUGUGACAAGCAUUGCUUUUUAGUAUUCUGCUUUUUAGUGUCGCAGGUGUAUUUGUGGGUGCAAUCUCGGGGUUGGAGGCUUCAACUAUUGUUAUUGGUGAGUGGUUUCCUCACCAAAUUGGCUAGGACCAAAGUGAAGGCAACAAAAUCUUGCUAUGUCAGACUUACUCCACAUUUUUCGAAGCCACUGAUACCACUGCACAGCAUCACCCUCCAAAUGGAAAGAAGCGAAGUUCACGUUUUGAUCCUCGGCAAGCUGGUUGAAGGUGAAGAAUUAUUGUGCUUGGUAUUUCAACUUGUAGGGCCCUCAUUAUCAAUCUGUGGAAAUUUAAUCCUCGCAGAACGAAAAAUAAAAAGGUUGACAGCUGCUAUUGCGGUGCAUGGCAGUCCCAUUGGAGGGCUUGAUUGCUCAUGCAAUGGAUGGAUGUCCCUUAGGAGGGGCUUGAGCAGUGAACCUCCUUUUGCACUUUCUUUUAGAGAGAUAGAUAGUUCAUCAUACUUUUGAUCCAUAAAUGCAAUUAAGGAAUGAAUAUUACUCAUGGUGUGUGACUGUGCAGCCUCAUUCUCUUUAAUGAUUUACUUUAUUUCUUGUUCCAUCUUCUUCAUUUCUGGAACUCGAGAACUGUCAGCCAUGAGAAAUCAUGUUGAUCCCCAACUCAACCUGGAAGGUUGUUCUGUAUAAAUUUCUGUAGACUAAAUAGAUCUAUAUUAGGAAUUGAAAGAAAGGAAUGCAAGAGCGCAGGCUCAUAUAGCUAAUUUUUUAAAUAAGAAAAGAACGAACAAUAAGAACAAUGCAAUGUCUCUCUUCGAGGGGGAACUCCUCCAACUUUCGUCUUUGAGGGGAAACUCUUCCCUUUACAAUGCUACAAUACGAAAUCUGAUAUUCUUCCCUUCAUGUUUACCCCCUAUUUGUAAUCCCAUUACCCAUUAUAGCUAUUUCAAUCUUACCCCUAGACAACUAAACCCAUAACCAAUUGUGUCCCCUUCCUCCCUCUCUGCCUCUCUCUUUCAUCCUGGUAAUUAAAACUAUAUCCUACACUAAGAACCAUUCCAAAGUCUAUACUAUCUUCCACAUAAUAAAAUUUUAGGAAUUUGAAGAAUUAUUUGUAUGGGUGUUUUUAUGCAAGGUUUAUUAUCAUUUGCUGGAAAACAGUUUCAUCUGGAAGUUUAGAAUUGCCUUUCAUUAAUAAGUAAUUAUAUUUAAUUAAUCAUUACUUAUUGGUAUGUUCUGCAUCAUUGGGAUAAAGUGUUGGAAUAUGGCAGGAAUUUGGACAUUAUCUAUUCAUAAGUGCACUUCUAAGCAUAAUGGGUUGUAGAUUUGUCAGAGAAAAGAGAUGCAGUUAUAAGGAAAUUUUAAACCCCAUAUCCAUAAAUUCCAGUAGCAGAUAGAUUUUCAAUUGUGUAUUUGAGAGGGGAAGAAAGUUCACGCUCUAAAUAAAUUUGGAAAAAAUGGAAUAUAGUCUGUCAAUAUCCCUCUGAUCAUAAAUAGACUCCUUUGACAUAUUUCACCUGGAACUUCUCUGGGAUUCAGUUCUAUAUGUUGUUGAUAUUAGCUUGAAUCUUUUUAUUUAAAUCAUUGAUGAUGUAGCAAUUUUUGCAGAGGGAGAGCACAUAUAUUUGAGUGAGCACAUAUAUUUGCAACUAUUUAACUUCUACCAUUAUGUCCGUGGUUUUUGACACAUGUUGAUACAUGAGGGACACAGCUUCUGUCUCAAAAAUUAGAAACAGACACAUGCAUGUAGGGUCUGCAUGCACUGACAACCAAGAUAUCGAUGGUUGUUGGCAUGUAUUGACACAUGAAGGAUCUGAUAAUAAAGAUACUUUUGCUUAAUUUUUUACUUUGGAAUGUCACUAGAAAAGUACUUAAUGACACACUUCCCCUUCCGUGAAAUGAACAAGUGAUGUAUGGUUGUAUCGUUCUUGAAAGGCCAAUAAUGGAAUUGGUGUUCCUGAUACUCGUAUCGUAUUAGACACUAGGUCAUGUAUCCAUGCCAUUGUAGCAUAAGCGUGCAGGUAUAUUCACGUAGAAAUCUGUACCGUCUAGGCAUCUAACAAUACCUGCUACUUGCUUUUCUUAUGCAGCGGAAUAGUUUGGUUCAUGGUUACUCCUGUGGUAAGUCAAGCCUCUAAUGCUUUAUCUUUUUGUUUGCAUCUUGGCAGUAAGGAGUGUGAUUUGCACGACUUAUUUAGAGCAAUGGUAUUUCUGGGUGCCCUUCUAGAUGGUUUAGGCUUUAUUGUGGCAUUGGAAUUGUCUUCUGGCUAACAUGCUAUUAGAAAAAGUCCUUUCAAAAUUGAAUCUGAUUUUGACGUGUGCUUUGAUUUAGUAUGGUUAUUUUGCUGAUACUAGUUCAAUCAUCACAUAUUAAAGGUAAGUUGGUUGAAUACAAUUUACAGGAGGUGAAUGGUUCAAGACUGGUGUAUUUGGACAAUGCUGCAACAUCUCAGAAGCCAUCACUUGUUUUGGACUGUUUACGAAAUUACUAUGAGAGCUUCAACUCCAAUGUACAUCGAGGAAUUCAUCACUUGAGUGCUAAAGCCACAGAUGAAUAUGAGCUAGCUAGGCAAAAAGUAGCAACAUUUAUCAAUGCAUCGGAAUCGAGGGAAAUUGUAUUUACUCGAAAUGCUACCGAGGCAAUUAAUCUAGUGGCUUAUUCAUGGGGUCUUUCGAACCUUAAAUCUGGAGAUGAGAUUUUACUUACUAUAGCUGAGCAUCACAGCGCUAUAGUUCCUUGGCAAUUUGUAGCUCAAAAGACUGGAGCAGUCUUGAAGUUUGUGACUUUGACAGAAGAAGAAGUGCCAGAUGUGGAACAAUUGAAAUCAUUAAUUUUGAAGAAGACAAAGAUUGUGGUCUUACAUCAUGUCUCAAAUGCACUUGGUUCUUUUCUUGCCAUUGGCGACAUUGUGCAAUGGGCACAUGAUGUGGGAGCCAAAGUGCUCGUUGAUGCUUGUCAAAGUGUUCCUCAUUUACCGGUUAAUGUACAGGAAUUAGAUGCUGAUUUCCUAGUUGCCUCCUCUCACAAGAUGUGUGGGCCUACAGGCAUCGGAUUCUUGUAUGGUAAAAGUAAGCUCCUGUCUUCAAUGCCUCCUUUCUUGGGUGGCGGUGAGAUGAUUGCUGAUGUGUUUCUAGAUCACUCUACAUAUGCAGAACCUCCUUCUAGGUUUGAGGCCGGAACUCCUGCAAUUGGGGAAGCCAUAGGGCUGGGGGCAGCUGUUGACUAUCUGUCGGGCAUUGGCAUGCAAAAUAUUCAUGAGUAUGGGUUGGAGCUGGGAGUUUAUCUAUAUGACAGCCUCCAAGCACUCCCUAAUGUGCGCAUCUAUGGUCCUGCUCCUUCAGAAACUGUCAAGCGUGCACCUCUUUGUGCAUUCAAUGUAGAAAAUAUUCAUCCCACUGACAUUGCCACUUUUCUGGAUCAACAGCAUGGAGUGGCGAUCCGGUCCGGGCACCAUUGUGCACAGCCGCUUCACAGAUUCUUGGGGGUCAAUGCAAGUGCCCGUGCGAGCCUUCACUUUUAUAACACCAAAGACGAUGUGGAUCGUUUUAUCCAUGCACUCAAGGACACCAUCUCUUUCUUCAAUUCUUUUCAGUGACGUGCCGCUUCCUAUUCUCAUGUCUGUUUUUACUCUCAUUUUUACGGGGGUUCAUAUUGUAGUAGUAGGGUUUUUUUUUAAAAAAAAUUUAUUUGUUGUAGUAGUAGUAGUAGUUGUGCGUGUUUUCUUCUUUGUUUUCCCAAAUAUUAAGCCAUGGUAAACUGCUUUGUGCUUUACAUUUUUUUUGCUUUUUUUGUGUAGUAUUAGUUUUCUUGUUUUCUUUAUAUUCCUUUUUUUGCUAAUUUAUAAACCUUGGUAAGAUCCUUUGUGAAAUGACUAUAUGUGUGUAUAUGAAAAUGACGUGCAAUUUUUAAUCGAAAUAAAUGGUG